UAGGGGGGGAAAAAAAAAAGAAAAAAAAAAAAAAAAAAAAACGCCUCACUUGCGUCAACUGCUGAGGACCUUGAUUGGCAGCCAACCAACCAACCAUUUGCGGCUCGGCGCCAAUUCCAUAAAAGGAGAUGCGCAUGCUUACUCUGCGCUGACUCAACAGCUGCGAUCAGUAAAAGCAUAGCCUUUGAGAUGUGGUUCCGUUACUCGCAACGUUCACUGGAGUGUGGAUAUACUGGCAAAAAAGGUGCUGGUUGUGUGAAUAAAGCAUUUUUGUGAUUGUGUGAAUAGAUCGUUUGGCCUGUGUUUCGCCCCCCAAACCGUACAGUAGGUGGUGUUUAGAUCCAACGCCCAGCAACCACGCCCUUGAAUACACAAAAAUAGAUUCCAAAGGCAAUUCUCUUACGAAUUUAAAUGUUGUGUCAAAUAUACUUCAUAGUAGACAUGUUUUAAUAAUUUUGGCUUUAGUAGUGAUUUAGCCAAUUAGCCAACGCGAUCCAGAGCUGUCCUAAAAAACUAAAGCGACAAGCAGCCGCUUCUCAAGUGGAGGGUGGAGGGUAAAACACUUGCACCGCGUCUGCACCUUGGCAUUCGUUUGGAUUGUCGCGCUGUGCCUGCACCGCAGAAAUCGAGCUGCACAAUUUCUCGUGAACCGCCGUGAACUGGUUCACAGUCAGGCGAAUCGAACGGACCUGUGGAGUGAGUGACAGAACAAAAUUAUGGCUGACGAAGAGUUGGAAGCUCUUCGCGCAAGGCGCCUUGGAGAUCUUCAAAAGGAAUUCGGCGGGAAUGGACCAUCGAAUGCUGACCGUGAAGCCGAGCAGAAGGCAAAGGCAGAAGACUUCAAAAAUCAGAUCUUAAGUCAAGUACUGACUCAGGAAGCAAGAGCCAGAUUGAAUACAAUUGCUGUGGCCAAGCCUGAGAAAGCAGCCCUUGUUGAAAACAUGAUAGUGAGAAUGGUCCAGAUGGGACAGAUUCAAAGCAAGCUUCAAGAAUCCAACCUUAUCAACCUUUUGGAAAGAGUCAGUGAGCAAACACAAAAAAAAACUACCGUGAAGUUUGACAGGCGCAGGGCUGGCAUGGACUCUGAUGAAGAAUAUUAAGGCAAAAAUAAAAAUUUUUGUACAAGA